AUGUCGACCCCGACAACGGCCACUGCGACAUUGCCACCUCACUCGCACUAUCAUCAUCCUCAUUACCCCUACAAUCAUCAGCCAUACCAGGCCUCUACUGCCACGGGCUCAUCGUACCGUCAGCCCGCGAAUCCAAUCGUUUCCACUUCGUCCUCGACGGCGACAGCGAGAUUGCCUGCCUCGUACGCCAGCUCGUCGGGCAUCGCCUACUCUACUACCUCUACUGCCAGUCACGCCGGUUCAAAUGGCCUAGGCCCUUCAGCCUCGUUAGCCACUUCGAGGACCAUCCACGACGCUUCGAGCCCCGACGUGAACUACAUUACCGCAAUGCCUUCCAACUCACACUCCCAAUCCUCCCAGUCGGGUCGUAAGCGAAGACGCUCGAAGGAGCCUGACUGGAACAAGUUUUACAAAAAUGGUCUCCCCAAGGAAAUCAUAGUCAUCGAUGACACUCCCGAGCCGGAGCAGGGCAAGGCCGUCGGCAACGGCGUAAGGGUCGUGUCCAACGGCAAUGGCAUCGCCGCCAAUGGUGCCAGCAGUCGUCCUGUUCCCAAGAAGCGGAAACGAGACGACGAGCCUCAGCCGUACGACCCCGUCUACCACAACAACAAGUACGCAGCCUCCCACACAACCACUCCUCAUCACAACGGCACUCCUAGCGGGUCGACCAUUUCCACAGACCGAACGACGAACUCGGUUAUCCAUACCACCACCGCCACGUCCCUUUCGUCGAAUGGACAGGAAUAUUACGAGGCGCAACCUGGCCAAAAAAGGAAGAGGACUCGUCAACAGAUCGCUCAAGAGGCGAAGAAGAGAGAGGUCGAAGGCCUCAGCGAUCCAUUCGUCAGCUAUAAGCCUCCUCCCUAUCCCCCUAAGAAGGCCUCCGACGUGCACGUACGAGUGGUCCAGGAUAACGGCUACAACAAGAACGCCAAGGUCGACGAUGAUGACGGACAUUACAUUGUUGUUCCUGAUGCAGACCUGACAAAAGAAUACCAAAUGGUCAAACUACUUGGGCAAGGAACCUUCGGCAAGGUCGUCCAGGCUCGAGACCGACGCAGAAACAAGUCUGUUGCGAUCAAGAUCAUCCGAUCGGUGCAGAAGUACCGAGAUGCUUCUCGAAUUGAGCUCCGAGUUCUGGCCACGCUGAAGGAGAAUGACAACGAGAACCGCAAUCGCUGCAUUCACCUGCGUGACUGUUUUGACUACCGUGGCCAUAUCUGCAUCGUCAUGGACCUUCUUGGACAGAGUGUCUUCGAUUUCUUAAAAAGCAACAGCUUUGUCCCUUUCCCUAACAGCCAGAUUCAGAGUUUCGCUCGCCAGCUCUUUACCAGCGUCGCCUUUCUCCACGAUCUCAAUCUCAUCCACACCGACCUGAAGCCCGAAAACAUUCUUUUGUGUGACAGCGCAUACCAAACAUUUACCUACAACAGGAAGAUACCGUCCUCAUCCACAACCGUAAACCGUCAGGCCAACCAACGCAGAGUUUUGUUGGACACCGAGAUUCGACUCAUCGACUUUGGCUCUGCUACUUUCCAGGAUGAAUACCACAGCUCAGUCGUAUCCACCCGCCAUUACCGGGCGCCGGAGAUUAUUCUGGGUCUCGGAUGGUCGUUUCCCUGUGAUAUUUGGAGUAUUGGUUGCAUUCUAGUCGAGUUCUUCACUGGCGACGCCCUCUUCCAAACCCACGAUAACCUCGAACACCUUGCUAUGAUGGAGAUGGUCGUCGGUCAGAGAAUAGACUCUAGUCUUGUUCAGGCCGUCAACAAGAUGGCCACCCGAAGUGGCGGCAACCCGGCCUCUAAGUACUUCAAACGACUGAAGCUCGACUACCCCACACCGGAGACAACACGGGCUUCCAAGAGAUUCGUUAAGGCAAUGAGACGCCUGGAGGACAUCAUCCCAUCGAACACGACCUAUUUCAAAAACUUUUUGGAUCUCCUCCGGAAGAUCUUCGUCUACGACCCCCAUCACCGCAUCACGGCGAAGCAGGCAUUGCAGCAUCCAUGGUUCAAGGAACCUGCAACACCGGACGAUGGUACCGAAGCCGCCAAGAUUCGCCUGGAACGAAUGAGACAGGAACAAGACCACCGGUACCACGUAUGA